UCAUAUCUUUGUGUAUCAACAUAACAUGUACCUCUGCAGAAACCUGACUCUAACUCAGACUUCUGAUUUAGUUUAGGUUAUACAGUAGAGUGCAAAACUUUGCACACCCUUACACCACAAUGGAAAAAGAAAAGUGUACUUAACAUCAAGACAAACAAAGUGAGUGAGGUUUCAGCUGUUCCUUCAUUAUAAUUAUUACAGCAGUGGUCAAAUAUGUUGUGCUGAGGGUUUAAAUUUUCUGGCAAGAAAAAAAAAAAAAGGAGCAUGUUACCAAGAAACAGCAAAACGUCCUUCAUCCUGAAGACUGCCCCAGUGUGAAAAACUUAAUGGUACAUCUUUACCUCCGGCUGUUAAAAAUAAAUAACGAACUCGACAUAACACACAGGCUGGAACAGGCUCAGCACCAGGAUGGGGGUUACUGUCGCUGCCAGCCACGUGACCACAGCGGACGAAUCAGAGCGCAGGACGCGGCCAGUCUGUUGAAUAAAACAUUGGGCUCCAUGUUGUCCUGUAGGUUUGCAGAAGAGAAACUGGAGCAUCUUUCUGUACAGCCAGCUGAAGUGCAGCAUCAAUUCCGUAGGGCCGCUGGUGAGAGACAGGAGGAUGAGGUCGAGCUGCGCUUUGGCUCCGGUGCUGCUGCUGCUGCUGGCGGUUCAGCUCAUCACCGCACAGCCAGACUCGGGCACUGUUAUUCCUGCUGAGAGUCGGCCAUGUGUGGACUGCCAUGCGUUUGAAUUCAUGCAGCGAGCACUGCAGGAUCUGAAGAAGACGGCCUUCAACCUCGACUCACGGACUGAGAAUCUGGUGCUGAGAGCUGAGAGGAGGGCGCUGUGUGACUGCAUGCCCAUCAGCACCUUAAACUGAACACUGAGCCUCUGAUCACCGUCACAGCGUCGCUGUAGAGCUUUCAGCCCAUCACGCCAUCUUAUUGUGUACUUAUUCAUAUAAAAACAUGAACACUAGUCAAAUGCAAUUUUCUUUUUCUCUGUGGUCUAAACAACCUGUUUUGCAAACUUCUAACAGAACACAAGACUGGCAUGUUAAAGUUACAGAUUUGUAUGAGCCAAUACUAUUCUGAUCAGUAUAUAACGCUUUAUCAUACAUUUCUAUGUUUCUAUAAUAAAUGUUGUGGUUAUAUAUGUAAUGUUUAUGCUUGAUUUCUUCAUUUUUAGAUUAUAGUUCACACUUAAACGUGUAAAAUAUUAUUUGCACAAUAUUUAGAAUUACUGCUAUUCUAUGUCACACUAUUAAGGCUUCUAGUAUUACAUUUUUAAUAAAUAACAAUACAUACAACUGAAUAAUAUUAGAAAUGCAGCAGAUAGAUGCAUUUUCAUGUAGAAAUCUGUAGAGAAGAAAUACGUUUUAAGAAAUUUUAUAAUACAAAUGUAUAAAUGUGUGUAGGAAGGGUAGUGUUCUGAGUAUCUACACUUAUUGGUAAGAAAAGGCAUGAUAAAUGUAGUACACAUUAGUUUAGCUGUUUUAUAUCGUCACUGGGCCAAUCAAAUCCCUGAUUGUCAUGUUGGUGUGUAGCUGGGUUUAAUACAGAUUAUACUGUGUUGCAGAGCUGGGAGAGUCAAUAAGCAGUGGCUCACUGAAUGUAGCUGCAACGGUUAUCAAUUUAGAAUAUUAAUAACUGCAAUGUCCUGAUGCUACUUUUUUGUCAUUUGUAAACAGUUUUCAUUUGAAGUUUCAUUUCAAGUUAAAUGUAUCUAAAACAAAAUUAAACAGCAUUGAACACAAACAUGA